AUGAUUCAGGGUAGCGCGGACGCGAUGGAGGAUGGAGAGGAUGACGUCGGGCGAUCGAGGGGUAAAGAAGUCGCGCGUGCGAUCGCGGCGCCGCAGAGUGUCAUGACGACGACGGAGUUGGUGACGUCGAUAGACGGCGAGGCGCUGGUGGCAGACUUUGUGCGCGCGGCGGAAGAUUUGUGCGACAGGAUUGAAUUGGAUGAUGAAGACGCGAGCGCUGGCGACGACAUGGACGACGCAUCUGGCGCCGUGAUGCUGAGCGAACUUCGCGACUUUAGCUCGAGAUGUGAAUUGUUGCGAGAACGCGGGUUGUUGAAGGGCGUCGGGAAACGAGAUUUAGUCAAGACGCUGUCAAUGUUGGAGCGAGUCGCAAAGAGCGCGAACGAAACGUUGAUCGCCGCGAACGCGCAGUACAGAGGUGCCGACGCACAGCGUGUGUUGAAAUCGUUGGAAGCUAUCGGGGCGUACUUUGUCAUAUUGGCGGCGACGGACAUGCCGAAGGAGAUUUAUCGCGAGGAAGGCAUCGACGAGAUGAUCGAGUGCGCGAGGCAACACUUGGUGCGGAAUGUCUUCGUCUUUUACGAUGCCGGCAUGUGGAACGUUCAUCGCGGCAGUGACGAAGACGGAGAUGACGUCGAGCAAGAUGGGAAAAAGAAGACACCGGCCAGCAAGAGUAAGGGCGUCUCGGCGCCGCCGCCGCCCUCAUCGUCGAAGAAAUCAGGCAGCGGGGGAUACAAGGUAGCAAAAAUGUUGGGGGCGAAAAUAGGCGUCAUUUUCACGCACUUGGCCAAUUUGAUUUCCCUCCUCGCACUUCCAGAUGCGACGGUACUGCAGCUGACGUCUUUGGCGUUCUCGGCGUUCGAAAUUGAGGACGUGAGCUUUGUGCAACUCAAGUCCGUCGAACUCGUGUCGAGCAUUUUUACGCAAUACUCUGAGCACAGAGGCUUCGUCGUGGACAAUAUUCUGUCGUCUCUCAUGAAACUUCCGACUGAGGGGCGUAGCGUGCGAUGUUUUAACGUCCCAGGCGAAGACUCAGUGCAAAUCCAAGUCUUGCUCGCUCUGUUGAUGCAGUGUUUCCAAGCCACGGUGGAAUUUUCCGACGACGAAGCGACAAUGCCCAAGGCGGAUAAAGAAGGUGAAAUGACGACAGACGUGCACGCGCGUGCGUUUGGAUCGGCGUUUUACUGGACGAACUACUUUUGGAAAGAUUUGCUGACGAGGUGGCCGAAGGUGAAAGCGGCGGAACACGAGCGUCAGAUACGCGCGGUGAUCCACAACGCUCUCGUGGACGCGCUCACAUGCAGAAACCUUCCCGAAUGGCCCGUGGCAAACUUGCUUGUGCUCAAUCUCGCCGGGAACCUGCUCGGGUCUGCCGGUCUGCAGUGCAAAGACUCCAAGAUUCGCGAGAUUGCGCUCGAUUUCCUUGGUCAAAUCGCAUCAAAACUUCGCGCUGACUCGAAAGCAGUAGAGGAGGAUGCGUUCUGGCGCGAGUUGCCACGCGCGGAGGAUUUAGAAUUUACGUCAAACGCCGAGACGCUGCACGAAAAAGCGGUCAUGUUUGCUCAUCAAGACGCAGCGCGCGUUCGAACUCGAGUCGACGCGCAAACGGAAAGUGCGUUGGUGCAGGCCGACGAGGCGAGUGCGGAUAUUUUUGCGAUGGAAUCGAUUAUCGCGCGCUAUUUGGCAGAGAACAAUCGAGGCCCGUCUUCAACGACGUUUACUCGCGACGACGACGCGGAUGAAGACGACGAAAAUGGCGCAGCACCGCGUGAAGGCGCGAGGAUGUCGGACGAUACGGCGUCUCAUUCGCGUGUGACGCUCAACACUUCCGCAGUAUCGUACCAUUUGUGUCAGUUUGCGCGGGACGCUGAGCGCGCGGGCGUCGGUUUUCGUCAAGAAGUCGUCGCUGGCGGUUCGCGGGCGAUGUACGCAGCUCUGCACGCUAGCAUGGUGCGAGUCGCGGACACUGCGAAAAAGGCUACAAAUGGCUCGCUGGCUGGACUUCCGCGCGAGCUCGCCAAGUCUUUGUGUCUUCAACUCAACGCUCGACGACCGUUGGCAAGACAGCUCGACGUGCUCGUGCAGCGCGUGACGGCUAUGCUCGAUGACGCGAGCGUCUUGGUGCGCACAUCAGCGACAAGAGCAAUCGGUGGUAUCGUGAACGAAGACCCGAAACUGUUAGAGUCUCCGGAUAUCGUUCGCGCGCUGAAAAUCCGAUUGAAAGAUACGGGAUCGUCCGUGCGAGCCGCCGUGGUGGAUGUCAUCGGCAGACAGAUGGUGCGAAACGUCAGUCUUGCCGAAAAGUACUACGACUUGAUUGAAGACCGCGUAUCCGACGUCGGUGUAUCUGUGCGCAAGCGCGUGGUUUCCACCCUGCAAGAAUGCCUGCGUAAUCCUGACUUUACUAAAGCGGAUAAGGCGAUGCAAGUGUUGGCGUUUCGCAUACUGGAUGAAGAAGAAACGAUCCGUUCGCACGUUGUGAAGAUUUUUCGCGAGCUUUGGUUUUCACCGGUUGCAUUGGAAGACGAAGCCGACGAUGAACACGAUGACGACGAAGAUGAUGGGGACGGAAACAAUGGCAGUGAUGACGAAGACGCAUCUACGGCGCACUUAGCCACCGUUGGGCAUGAUGGUAUCGAGGAUAAUGAUCCAAUCGCGAUUCGCGCGCGGCAAAUGGUCUCCGUCGCUUGGGGCGUCUACCGACUCGUUUCCCGAAGCGGCAAACAAAAGCUUCCUUUACUUCCCACGUUUCCGGUCGUUGCGAUCAUCAGCGCGGUGCUGUAUCCGAGCGAAGACGAGAAGGUUGAUGCAUGGGUCAAUGUUCGCGGUAUGCGAAAGGUAGCGAAGCGUUUAUCGGUGCAGGUGUUGCACGCGCUCAUCGAGAGCGAAUCCGACGAGCAAAGUCGCGCGCCAAACGGUGAACGAGUCAAAUCGAACGGAGCACACAAUGGCGUGGUCGUGAAAGACGAGCCGGGCACGUCGAAGUCGGUGCCGAUGAGCGUCAAGUACGCACUCGGUCUCCACAUUCUGACCGUCGUCGAUCCGUGUCUCUGCCUUCCGAAACGCGACCCAUCGUAUUUCGCCGUGGCGCUCCAGCCGUAUCUGAAGCGGGUCGACGACGACGCGCCUUUCGUCGGUGAGAAGCUCCAGUGCUGCAUGUCCGUCGUGCAUAUUGUUGCGAAACACGCUGGUCGUCUUCCAGCGCCGAUUGCGAAAGAGAUCGAACGAGACUUGCGCAUCCUCUUACUCCGCCAUCACGACAAAGCUGUCAUUUAUUACGCGUGUAAGACGUUGUGCGCCGUGGCGGAGACUCGCGGCGGUAAGGAUAGUGGAACGAUGUCUAUGCUGAAACGAUUCGUUGCCAUCGUCAUCGAAUCCAUAUCUAGUGAUGAAGCGUUGAGCGUUCAGAACAAAUCGCACUGCGCGCGUUCGCUGUACGUAUUGGGUAAUAUUGCGCGAUUUGGAGCCGACGUCGUGGACGCGGCCGUCGAAAAUGGUGAAUGCGAUAUCUCGAUUCAGGAUCUUCUUCGAGUCUUCCGCAAGACCCUGGAGUCUCAGCCUGCAGAAGAGUACGAUCUCACUCGUGGAGCGCUCGGGGCGUGCGGAGACUUGUUCGUCGCUCGACCAGAACUCAUGUUUAAUCGCGACGGCGGUUUCGGCAAAGGAAGCUUUGAUUCCAUCAUGCGAGCCGCGUUGGCAUCCAGCGCCGAGCGUGGCUUGAAGGAGCAGGCGCUGACGAAUCUCAGCGAGCUCAUUCGAGAGGAAGAAUUUCGUAUGACUGCGACGAGUGGAUCGGCGGCGGCCAAUGAAGUCAACGCUUCCACUAAGGCUUCGGUGCUCAAGUCGGCGCAAAAGCGCUCGCGAGACGCGGAAAAAUUGCAAGUCGUCAACGGCCAGAGUGAUCGUUCUAUCGCCGGCGGUAUCGCGCAACGAUAUUGGACAGAUGUUUUAGCGCUUUGCGUCGACUCCGCGUACAGCGUGCGGUUGAAAGGCUUGCAUUUAGUCGAGGUGGUCCUUCGUCAAGGCUUGGUUCACCCGGCAAGCGCGUUCCCCACGCUCAUCGCGCUACAAAUCGACCCAGUGCCGAGCGUUAAGCGUCUCGCGCGUAAGCUCCUGAAGGCGCAAGUUCAACGACACGGUGACUUUUUUGAGCAUCAGCUCACUCACGGCGUCGAGCUUGCGUACUCUUUCAAGAAGCGUCUGGAAACGGCGGCUAGAAGAAGCGAAAGCGGGCAAAAGAAAAUCGCCGACGCCUCGGACGGUUUCGCGUUUGUCUACAGCUUGGUGAACUCGUCUAGAACGUCCCGAAACGCGUUCUUGAACACUCUUUUGCGUCGGUUUGAAACCACGAGCGGAUCGUCCGAUGCGCUAUUCUUGCGAUUCCUAGCGAGCGUCGUCACCGAGCUUCCGUUCACAUCAGUGGAUGAGACUCUCUACGUCGUCUUUCAGCUCAAUCGCGUCAUAUCGCUCAAGGGCGGCUUGUUGCUCGAACAGCUCACGAAGGGCGUGGAAGCGUCGGCGGCCAAGGCGGACGAUGCGGUGCCAGAUAACGAAUUCAAGAGCGACGUCGAACUCGCGUGUGCGCUGAGCGUCGUUUUGUUGCUCAAAUCUCACGUCAAGAAGGCGUACGAGUUGUCCGACGCUCGCGUGGCGUCGUACGUCCCCACGGAGGCGACGAGAAACGCAGAAGUCGUGAAAUUCGACGAUACCGUGAAAUUUGAGACCGGUAUUGUCGACGCAACCGCUGGACAAUCCUACGGCUCGGCUCGGCGCGCGGUCGACACGUUCCGCGAUCUCAUGACUCGCGACGCGAGCGAUUUCGCCGAAGACAUGUUCAAAGAAACGGCGACGAAGCGAGGCCGGAAGCGCGCGACGAAGACGCAGGCCGACGCCGACGCCGACGCCGAGGCGACUCCGGGGACUCCAGCGAGCCGACGUCGACGUCGCGCAGCCGUCGUGGUGGACGACGACGACGACGAAGAGGAAGACGAAGACGACGACCAGGACGAAAACGACGAAGACGCCUCGCUGCCGGGCUUGCGCUCCGCGGGCGUGACGACGUCGAAAAAGCGCGCCGUCAACUCCGCGCAAAAGGCGGCGAAACCGGCGUCGAAGAAACGAUUAAAAUUUUAG